GAAAAAUAUUAAAUUCUCCUACAUUGCAAAUGGCGGAUUUCUUUCAUUUUAACAACCAAGUUUACGUUUGAUUAAAUUCUGUUGUGCUUGUUAUUAAACUUCAAAUGGAUUAUUUUUUCAAUCUUACUUAAAAAUAAACUCUAACAUCUAAUUAAAACAAAAGGCGUGCAGCCAUGUCGCUGCCGCCAUACCUUCUGGGGCCCAACCCUUGGGCCACCAUGAUGGCGCAGCAGCAGCUGGCGGCGGCGCAACAGGCCGCUCUACAGGCCCACGCCGCAGCCGCUGCUGCUGCACCUCCGGUGCCGCCAUCACAGCCGCCCAAAUCUCAUCAUAUACCGGAAGAAAAAAUCAAAGAAAAAUCACAAAAAUGGCUUCAGCUGCAGUCAAAGCGCUUCUCCGAGAAGCGCAAGUUUGGAUUUGUGGAUGCUCAAAAAGAGGACAUGCCACCUGAGCACAUCAGAAAAAUCAUCCGAGAUCAUGGUGACAUGACGAGCCGCAAAUACCGUCACGACAAAAGAGUAUAUCUCGGAGCAUUGAAAUAUAUGCCCCAUGCUGUGAUGAAACUUCUUGAGAAUAUGCCUAUGCCAUGGGAACAGAUCAGAGAUGUCAAGGUCUUGUAUCAUAUAACUGGUGCUAUCACAUUUGUCAAUGAAAUCCCAUGGGUCAUUGAACCAGUAUACAUUGCACAAUGGGGCACUAUGUGGAUCAUGAUGCGCAGAGAAAAACGAGAUCGUAGGCAUUUCAAACGCAUGAGGUUCCCGCCAUUUGAUGAUGAGGAACCUCCCCUGGAUUAUGCUGACAAUAUCCUGGAUGUAGAACCCUUGGAGCCUAUUCAAAUUGAGCUGGAUGCCGAAGAGGAUGGUGCCGUGGCAUCUUGGUUUUAUGACCACAAACCACUCUUAAACACAAAACAUGUCAAUGGUUCGACAUACAGACGUUGGAAUCUGACAUUGCCACAGAUGGCGACACUGUAUCGUCUCGCCAAUCAACUGUUGACUGACUUGGUAGAUGAUAACUAUUUCUACCUGUUUGAUUCGAAGAGUUUCUUCACAGCUAAAGCUCUGAAUAUGGCAAUACCUGGUGGUCCAAAGUUUGAGCCUCUAGUGAAAGACAAUUCAGCUGGAGAUGAGGACUGGAAUGAGUUCAAUGAUAUCAAUAAAAUCAUAAUCCGUCAACCAAUUAGGACAGAGUAUAGAAUUGCUUUCCCAUACUUGUACAAUAACCUGCCACAUUUCGUGCAGCUGUCGUGGUACCACACACCAAAUGUAGUGUACAUUAAAACUGAAGAUCCCGACCUUCCUGCCUUUUACUUUGAUCCCCUUAUCAAUCCAAUUUCACAUAGACAUUCAGUCAAGUCUUUGGACCCAGUGCCUGAUGAGGAAGAAUUUGUGCUACCAGAGGAGAUUUCUCCCUUCUUGCAAGAGACUGCACUGUACACUGAUAACACAGCUAAUGGAAUUGCACUGCUAUGGGCUCCCAGACCCUUCAACACACGUUCAGGACGAACUCGUCGCGCUAUUGAUGUGCCUCUGGUGAAGACAUGGUACAAGGAGCAUUGUCCACCAGGACAGCCCGUGAAAGUCAGGGUCUCAUAUCAAAAGCUCCUGAAGUACUAUGUGCUCAAUUCUUUAAAGCAUAGACCGCCAAAGCCGCAGAAAAAGAGAUACUUAUUCCGGUCGUUUAAAUCGACAAAAUUCUUCCAAACCACAACCCUGGACUGGGUAGAAGCGGGACUGCAGGUGUGCCGCCAAGGAUACAAUAUGCUCAACCUGUUGAUUCACCGGAAGAAUCUUAAUUACCUUCAUUUGGAUUACAACUUCAACUUGAAACCUGUGAAGACACUUACUACAAAAGAGAGAAAGAAGUCUCGAUUCGGAAAUGCGUUCCAUUUAUGCCGCGAGAUUCUGCGGCUGACGAAACUGAUCGUGGACUCUCACGUUCAAUAUCGCCUGAACAACGUGGACUCGUUCCAACUGGCUGACGGACUGCAGUACAUAUUCGCUCAUGUCGGCCAGCUGACAGGAAUGUACAGAUACAAGUACAAGCUGAUGAGGCAGAUCAGAAUGUGCAAGGAUCUGAAGCAUCUUAUCUACUACCGGUUUAAUACGGGUCCAGUGUCCAAAGGUCCCGGUUGCGGUUUCUGGGCACCAGGCUGGCGCGUGUGGCUGUUCUUCAUGCGCGGUAUUACGCCUCUGCUGGAGCGCUGGCUCGGCAAUUUGCUUUCUAGGCAGUUUGAGGGCAGACAUUCCAAAGGUGUGGCCAAAACGGUGACAAAGCAACGUGUGGAAUCACACUUCGAUCUGGAAUUGCGCGCCUCUGUCAUGCACGACAUCGUCGACAUGAUGCCUGAAGGUAUCAAGCAGAACAAAGCCAGGACCAUCUUGCAGCACCUGUCUGAAGCGUGGAGAUGCUGGAAGGCGAAUAUACCAUGGAAGGUACCGGGUUUGCCGACCCCCAUAGAGAACAUGAUUCUCCGCUACGUAAAGAUGAAGGCGGACUGGUGGACCAACACUGCGCACUACAACCGCGAGCGUAUCCGUCGCGGCGCCACUGUCGACAAGACUGUUUGCAAGAAAAACCUCGGUCGACUCACCAGAUUGUACCUCAAAGCAGAACAGGAGCGUCAGCACAAUUAUCUGAAGGACGGUCCUUACAUCUCGCCCGAAGAAGCGGUCGCCAUUUACACGACAACGGUUCACUGGCUCGAAUCGCGUCGUUUCGCGCCGAUACCCUUCCCGCCGCUGUCGUACAAGCACGACACGAAGCUGUUGAUUCUAGCGCUCGAGCGGCUGAAAGAGGCAUACAGUGUUAAAUCCAGAUUGAACCAGAGCCAAAGAGAAGAGCUCGGCCUUAUUGAACAAGCGUACGACAAUCCUCAUGAAGCGCUAUCAAGAAUUAAGCGUCAUUUGCUCACACAAAGGACUUUCAGAGAGGUGGGCAUCGAGUUCAUGGAUCUCUACUCCCACUUGGUUCCCGUCUACGACGUGGAACCCCUGGAGAAGAUCACUGACGCAUACCUGGACCAGUAUCUGUGGUAUGAAGCUGACAAACGAAGGCUUCUGCCUCCGUGGGUGAAACCAGCAGAUACGGAACCAUCGCCACUGCUCGUUUACAAGUGGUGUCAGGGUAUAAACAACCUUCAAGAUGUUUGGGAAGUCGGCGAGGGCGAGUGUAACGUACUGCUCGAGUCUCGCUUCGAGAAACUCUAUGAGAAGAUCGAUUUGACGCUGCUCAACAGAUUGCUGCGUCUAAUCGUGGACCAUAAUAUUGCCGAUUAUAUGACUGCAAAGAACAACGUCGUUAUCAAUUAUAAGGACAUGAACCACACAAAUUCCUACGGCAUCAUUCGCGGCUUGCAAUUCGCAUCGUUCAUCGUCCAAUACUACGGCUUGGUUCUGGACCUACUAGUACUGGGAUUACAGCGCGCCAGUGAGAUGGCGGGCCCGCCGCAAUUGCCAAACGAUUUCCUGUCCUAUCAGGACAGGCAGACUGAAACGGCUCAUCCCAUUAGGCUGUACUGCAGAUAUGUAGACAGGAUUCAUAUAUUCUUUAGGUUCACGGCUGAAGAAGCUCGCGACUUGAUCCAGCGCUACCUGACGGAGCAUCCUGAUCCCAACAACGAGAACAUUGUCGGCUACAACAACAAGAAAUGCUGGCCUCGUGACGCUCGCAUGCGUCUGAUGAAGCAUGAUGUUAAUCUUGGUCGCGCUGUAUUUUGGGACAUUAAGAACCGCUUGCCGCGUUCCGUCACUACCAUACAGUGGGAGAACAGCUUCGUGUCCGUAUACUCAAAGGACAAUCCUAACCUGCUAUUCAAUAUGGCUGGGUUUGAGUGCAGGAUACUGCCGAAGUGUCGCAGUCAACACGAAGAAUUAUCACAUCGCGACGGUGUAUGGAACUUGCAAAAUGAGGUAACAAAAGAGCGCACCGCACAAUGUUACUUACGAGUCGACGACGAAUCGCUCGCUCGCUUCCACAACCGCGUGCGGCAGAUCCUAAUGGCGUCGGGAUCUACGACGUUUACAAAGAUUGUUAACAAGUGGAACACGGCUCUCAUUGGUCUAAUGACAUACUUCCGUGAAGCGGUAGUAAAUACUCAGGAGCUCCUUGACCUCCUAGUAAAGUGCGAGAACAAGAUACAAACCCGUAUCAAGAUCGGUCUCAAUUCCAAAAUGCCUUCACGGUUCCCGCCUGUCGUUUUUUAUACACCGAAAGAAUUGGGCGGGCUCGGCAUGUUGUCAAUGGGACAUGUGCUUAUUCCACAAUCUGAUUUGCGCUGGUCCAAGCAAACGGAUGUCGGCAUCACCCAUUUCCGUUCCGGUAUGUCUCACGACGAGGAUCAGCUCAUUCCCAAUUUGUACCGCUACAUCCAGCCGUGGGAAGCUGAAUUCAUCGAUUCGCAGCGAGUCUGGGCAGAGUACGCGCUCAAACGUCAAGAAGCUAAUGCUCAGAACAGGCGUCUCACACUGGAGGAUUUGGAAGAUUCAUGGGACAGAGGCAUACCCAGGAUUAAUACACUCUUCCAAAAGGACAGACACACCCUAGCUUAUGACAAGGGCUGGCGUAUACGUACAGAAUUCAAACAGUACCAAGUGCUCAAGCAAAAUCCGUUUUGGUGGACGCAUCAGCGUCACGACGGCAAGCUGUGGAACCUGAAUAACUACCGCACAGACAUGAUCCAAGCACUCGGCGGUGUCGAGGGCAUACUCGAACACACGCUGUUCAAAGGCACAUAUUUUCCAACGUGGGAAGGUCUUUUCUGGGAAAAGGCAUCAGGAUUCGAAGAGUCGAUGAAGUACAAGAAGCUGACGAACGCUCAGCGUUCCGGUUUGAACCAAAUUCCCAACCGUCGCUUCACCCUGUGGUGGUCUCCUACCAUCAACAGAGCCAACGUCUAUGUCGGUUUCCAGGUACAAUUGGAUUUGACGGGUAUAUUCAUGCACGGCAAGAUCCCCACGCUGAAGAUCUCACUAAUCCAGAUCUUUAGGGCUCACUUGUGGCAGAAGGUGCACGAAUCAAUCGUCAUGGAUUUGUGUCAAGUUUUCGAUCAGGAGCUGGACGCAUUGGAGAUUGAAACGGUGCAGAAGGAAACUAUCCAUCCUCGUAAAUCUUACAAGAUGAACUCUUCCUGUGCUGAUAUCCUUCUCUUCGCCUCGUACAAGUGGAAUGUAUCCAGGCCAUCACUACUAGCCGACACCAAAGACACGAUGGACAACACGACCACUCAGAAGUACUGGCUGGACAUCCAGCUGCGGUGGGGCGACUACGAUUCGCACGACGUGGAGCGGUACGCGCGCGCCAAGUUCCUCGACUAUACCACCGAUAAUAUGUCUAUAUAUCCCUCGCCCACUGGCCUGCUCAUCGCCAUCGACCUCGCCUACAAUUUGCACAGUGCUUACGGCAACUGGUUCCCCGGCUGCAAACCGCUCAUCCAACAAGCGAUGGCGAAGAUAAUGAAAGCCAACCCUGCGCUCUAUGUACUCCGCGAGCGUAUCCGCAAAGCUCUGCAGUUGUACUCGUCAGAGCCGACUGAACCGUACCUCUCGAGUCAGAACUAUGGCGAGCUGUUUUCUAAUCAGAUCAUUUGGUUCGUGGACGACACAAAUGUAUAUCGUGUAACGAUCCACAAGACGUUUGAAGGUAAUUUGACUACAAAGCCUAUCAACGGUGCGAUCUUCAUCUUCAACCCGCGUACUGGCCAGCUGUUCCUGAAGAUCAUCCACACGAGCGUGUGGGCGGGACAAAAGCGUCUAGGACAGCUCGCUAAAUGGAAAACUGCUGAAGAAGUAGCAGCUCUCAUUCGGUCACUGCCAGUGGAAGAGCAACCUAAACAGAUUAUUGUCACCAGAAAAGGAAUGUUGGAUCCACUCGAGGUCCACUUGCUGGACUUCCCGAACAUCGUGAUCAAAGGGUCCGAGCUACAGCUACCAUUCCAAGCGUGCCUCAAAGUAGAGAAAUUUGGUGAUCUCAUCCUGAAGGCGACGGAGCCACAGAUGGUGUUAUUCAACUUAUAUGAUGAUUGGCUGAAGACCAUAUCAUCAUACACUGCGUUCAGUCGUCUUAUCCUAAUACUGCGAGCGCUCCACGUUAACACCGAGCGUACAAAGGUGCUGCUGAAACCUGACAAGACGACACUGACGGAACCCCACCACAUCUGGCCGACGUUGUCCGACGAUGACUGGAUAAAGGUGGAAGUUCAACUCAAGGAUCUUAUUUUGGCUGAUUACGGCAAGAAGAACAAUGUGAACGUCGCUUCACUAACCCAGUCUGAAAUCCGAGAUAUAAUUCUCGGCAUGGAAAUCUCGGCUCCGUCCGCUCAGCGUCAGCAAAUCGCCGAAAUCGAGAAACAGAGUAAGGAGCAGAGCCAGCUGACCGCGACCACCACUAGGACUGUCAACAAACAUGGCGAUGAGAUCAUAACCUCCACCACGAGCAACUAUGAGUCACAAACAUUUAGUUCUAAAACGGAAUGGCGCGUACGAGCGAUCUCGGCAACGAACCUACAUUUACGCACCAACCACAUUUAUGUGAGCUCGGACGAUAUCAAAGAGAGUGGAUACACAUACAUUCUACCAAAGAACUUACUCAAAAAGUUUGUCACCAUAUCUGAUUUGAGAGCACAGAUCGCAUGCUACCUGUAUGGUACAUCGCCGGCGGACAAUCCGAUGGUACGCGAGGUGCAGUGCGCGGUGGUGGUGCCACAGUGGGGUACGCACCAGCAGGUGCACCUGCCGCGUCAGUUGCCACGACACCCGGCUCUCGCGCACCUGCAGCCGCUCGGCUGGAUGCACACGCAACCCAACGAGCUGCCACAGCUAUCACCGCAGGACAUAACAACACACGCCAAGAUAAUGGCCGAGAACCCAUCCUGGGAUGGUGAAAAGACUAUCAUCAUCACAUGUUCCUUCACCCCUGGCUCGUGUUCGCUCACUGCAUACAAACUCACUCCCAGUGGGUAUGAAUGGGGCGCCCGGAACACAGAUAGGGGUAACAAUCCCAAAGGAUACCUACCAAGUCAUUAUGAAAGGGUGCAAAUGCUGUUGUCAGAUAGAUUCCUUGGAUACUUCAUGGUUCCAUCGCAAGGCAGUUGGAAUUACAAUUUCAUGGGCGUUCGUCACGAUCCAAACAUGAAGUAUGGCGUUCAGUUGGGUAACCCUCGCGAAUUUUACCACGAAGUGCACCGACCUGCCCACUUUAUGAACUUCGCGGCCAUGGAGGACGCCACGGCACCCACACUCGCCGCAGACAGAGAAGACCUUUUCGCAUAGUUUGAUUACAUUUUGUUCUACAAAGAAAGAAUGUAUAUUAAUUAUCUUUUAAGAAAAAUAAAUUGUAAUAAAUUUAUAA